ACAAAGUUGACACCAGAACUAGGUUUAGAUUUACGGGUAAAACAAGUAUAAUAGUGUUGAAGGGUCCUUUAGAAGGAUUGAUUAUAGUUGUGAACAAGUGUGAAGAAAAGCUUGGUUUUACAGAUAAACAUGUUAUGGGGUUGAACUAGACAAAACAGAUAAAGAGAAAUUAAAGAAAAAUGAGACGUAAAGACAGAUUUAAAACUUCAGAAACAGAUAUUGUUAAUGAUUCCUUAAAGUGUACAUCAGAAGUAGAAACUUGUCCAGAUAGGGUAGCUGAAGAACUUGAAGAGUUAUUACAAAGAGAGACAAUAUCACAUCAAGAAUACCAGAGACUAAGGAAAACAAAUAGGUUACCAGAUAAUUCUGAAGUCACAUCAAAAGAGAAAAUUGAUGAAUUUGCAACAUUACAUGAUGGAAAUUUAUGUUCAACAAGUAAUGCAAAGCAUUCACAACCAUUAAAUCCUUUUCCGUAUAAUGAAAAUGGAAUCCCUGUUAAUUGGACAAGUAAUUGUAAACAAAGUAUUUAUGAUAUAGUGACAUUAAACCCUGGAGAAAAAGAAUAUGACUACAUUUGUGAUGAAAUGAAAAGUGUUGGCAUUCAGAUAACUAAAAUAGAACGUUUAGAAAAUAUUCAUCUUCUUGACAGAUUUAAAUCUGAAACGGAACAUAUCAAAAAGCAUCGACAGUUAGGGUUUAACAUGAACAUUAAAUAUUUAUACCAUGGUACAAAAGUUGACAAGUCGCGUAUUUGUGAAGAAGGAUUAGAUCAAAGGCUGAGUAGAAUGGGUUUCUUUGGAAAAGGAAUAUACUUUAGUGACAAUCCUUUGAAAUGUAUUCACUAUGCAAAAGACAGUCAAUAUUUAGAAGAGUCAUACAUACUCAAGUGUAGAGUUAUUCUAGGAGAACCUAAGCAUUUUCCAAAAGGAGAAUAUGAUACAAGUUUACAGAGGGAGCCAGAGAAACCUAAUGUAGAGGCAGGAUGGAGGUUUUAUGAUUCUGUGAUGGGAUGCCCUAGAGACUACAAUGAGUUUGUAGUAUAUGAGAAUAGGAGAGCUAUGAUAGAGUAUAUUAUAUCAUUUCAACUAGAUCCAAGAGGAGACCAAGAACUGAGAACACGUUUACCUAGUCCUUUCAACUGCAAUUCUGGGACUGUGACAGAUGAUACACAUGGUGAUAAGAUAGAAGAAAUAAGGGAGACAAUUAGAAGGAAACGUUGUAUAGAGAAAGGAGAAGAAUAUGUUCCCCCAGACGAAGAAAAGAAGAAAAGGGACAGAGAUCUAUAUCUUCGAUUACAACAACUUCAUAAAGGAAGUCAUGACUCAAAGGGUGAUUUCAAGGAACCCAUAGAGGUAAAUGAAGAGAAAACUGAUAGCGUACAAUCAAAUAAAGAUUGUAUAGAUCCUAUAGAAGAAGUCAUUGAUUCUUUAGUAACAGACUUUCUAGUUGUGACAGCUACAGACAAUAUAGAAGCAGCUAAAUAUUAUAUAGAGAGAUCACAAAUGGAUGUAGAUAAAGCUAUAACUAUGUAUUAUGAAGAAAUGUUGUGAUAGCAAAAUCAUCAACAAUAUGUAUUUAUAUUGCUAUUUUUACAAAUAUAGUACACCAAGCAACACAAUAACUGAUCAUUUAUUUGCAAGAACUAAUAUGAAUUUGUACCACUUUGAUUGUCUAUUUGUUCAAUUUAUAUGCUGCAAAACACAUAUGAAGAAAUUUAGAAGAAGAAAAAAAAAGAAUGAUGAAACAGAAGCAGGAUGAAUUGAGUUUUUACUCAAUUUUCACUUAAAAAAAACAAAAGUUAAAAAUUGUAAAGAAUAAAAAUGUUAAUAAAAGAACUGACAAAUAAUUCCAUUGACAUCUGCAUUCUUCAUUCAUGAAACAUGUUAUGGUGCCAUUGAAAUCAAAGAACCAGUGGGAUACAGUGUCCAAACAUCUCAUUAUUCCCCAUUAAAACAGGAAAUAAUUUAAAUUUGGAGGUAAAUAUUUUGAAAUAAAGAAUGGUUGGGACAAAA